AUGAGAGCUACCGCGGAGUGGGAGUCGUUCAGUGAGUGGGUAGAGACCCAGACGCCGGACGUGAUUUGUUUGCAGGAGGUGAAGUUGGCGGCGUACGGUUCGAUAAGUUCGGUGAAAGGCGACGGGAAGCCUCGAGAUCGUGGCAAGAUCAAAGACAACACCAAAAGCGCGAUCCCGGACGCAGAUAUUGUUCGACAGAAGUUACAGCGUAAACCAUUUUCUCAGUACCAACAGUUUUGGUCCCUGUCCGACUGGAGAUAUUCCGGUGUCCUGGUUCUCGUUCGGAAGCCCAUUAAGGUGUUGAAAACAAGAUUUAACCUGGACCCCGACCGGCCCGCCAGCGAACACCACCCUGAUGGAAGAGUGGUCGUCCUCCAGUUCCCGAACGUGGACUUUGUCGGCACCUAUGCUCCCAACCACGGUUGGGAACCGGGACACUGGCAACGACGAGAAGAAUGGGAUAACGUUUGCCUCAACUACCUCAUACGAAGACAAGAGCGCAUUGACGGAACGAAGAAGGAAGAGAGAGCGGAACAGAACAAGCGGGAAGUGGGGGGGGAAGCCGGAGCUGAAGAAGAAGGGAAGCCGCUCCUGUGGAUGGGUGACUUGAAUGUGGCUCCGACGGACUUUGACUUGACUCAUCCUGCUUGGUUCAAAGUACAGGUCCAGAGAGGUUUUGGUCGCGGCACAGCCGAAACGGAGGUUCCACCGGAGUGCUUGGGACAGCCUGGUUGCACGCCCGUGGAAAGGGAAAAUUUUGCGUCCUUGCUCAGCCAGGGUCAUAUGACCGACGUUUGGCGACACUUCAAUCCCGAGGGACCGCCGCCCUCAGACCGAACGUCCUCUGGUCCGGGGUUGGUGUCCCCUAGUCGUGGGGGGGGCGCCGGGGAUGUCGCUAACAGUUGCCUUUGGGACGUUGAAACGGCCCACUGGACUUGGCGGGGCACUCCGGGAAAUUUGACUCCCGAAGCAGGAAAGUACUAUUCCAAGGCAAUGAGAAUUGACCACGCAGUAAGUCGACAGAAGGUCGGGGAGAAGGUCUGA